CUGUCAGUCGUCCAGCAGUUGUCGAGCGGUUCGCACGUAGUGUCACGGCUCGCGUCUCGUGUCCGUGUACUAUACAGUCAAUACAUACAUAGCGCUGUAUAUGUGUGUUCUUCAUUCGGUCGCCCUUGGAAAUAGUGAUUGAGAAAAAAAAGUUUUUUUUUUAUUUUUUUAUUCGCUUGCUUUCGUACACACUGUGAAUGCUUCAAAGUAGGAGGAGGUAAAGCAGAAGCUUGAAGACGAAGAAGAAACAGCAGCAAGCAAAGUACGAAAGAAGUGCUUUGGUGUAGAGAACGAGUUUGUGUGUCUGUGGUGCUGCACCACCAAGAAAAAGGUGAAAAGUUACUGAAAAAAUUCUAUCAGUGCAAGUAAAAAUGAACAUCAGCAGUUGUAGCAGUGCGGGUUUUUCGUAAAUUGCCAUGUCGUGAUUCAGUUAGAUCGCGAGCAGUGUAGGCCAUUCGGAAGAGGAUCUUGGCCUAAACUUGUAGACUCGCUUGGUGAUUGCGACAAAACGCAUUAAUCGACCGUGAUCGGAUUGCUUAAUGAGGCAACGAUACAGCCGUUCAAAGUAGUGACCGAAACGAUUACGAAAUCAACAAACCAAUUCAGGUGUCUAACAAGCCCAGAAAAUUCGCACGCGUGUGGAUCGUUAAGCGACCAACUUUCUCCAACCGUAGAUAGUCGAGUACGGUUGGAGCUGGUUGCCCAUUUGAGUCUGGCAGCCGAGUUGGGUGUCGAUUUUCUCACCAACCGCCCUCGCGGUUUGGUUUGCACAAGAAGAAACAAAGGAAAGUUGCCCCCGAAGGAGUUGGAAACGGAACAAACCGAUGAGAGUGUUGCAAGAAAAGUUCCACGCGUACAUGUGAGGAGCGCAGCUCUCAACGGAGGCAAGUGGCAAGUCUGCGUUUCCGUGGGCAAGUCGGUGUGGGAGCGAAGUGUUUGCCUGGUCACGUCGGUAUUGGUGACUGGGGCACCCAAGAUGCUAUUUACGUCUUGGAUCCAUUGUUUCUUGUCUUCCGGAAAAGUGCUAGCGCCGUUGAACCAUUAGAAGAAUCGAAAGAAACCCCGGUGAAGUGGAAAUGAAUUAUUGUGCAAUUACUGCCGCCGAUCUUGGCUACAAAUAUUUGAUCUAAACUGCGACUUGGUCCGUCCGGAACCUAUUUAUUGCACCUUCGUGGUGUAGGUGUGUGCGAGUGUAUGCGCAAGUGUUUUUGCAAAAGAAACCUCCGCUGUGCUGUUGAUUGUUCCGUGAUUUAUGGUUAUUUUCGUGCAAGAGUGCAUUCCGUGAUUGUUGUUUCGUGAAGAAUCGACCCUAAAACCGAGAAUGAUGUCGCUGCCACGACCGAUGGUCGAUGCGUUCCGUUGUUCUGAUUGGAUUACAACAACAGUAGCGCUGGCAUUACGCCCUCCUGUGUGCAAUAUGGAUUAAGGUGCUAUUUUUAGUGUCAGUUCAGUGUCGUCGUCUGCUUUGGGGCCGCAACUGUCGUCGCCGUCGCCGCCGCUGCCGUCACUGUGGAUGUGUGAGCGUGGUGACCCCAUUCUUGGCCACUAAAGACUUCGGUCUGCAACAUUUUGCGUUUCUUUUUAUUUUGGAUUACCACUUUCAUCAUCGAUCGUUGUGCCCGAUUGCCGUCGCAGCCCGCAGCUUGUGUUCCGUUUUUUGAAGUGAAGUGAACCGAAUUCAAACUGGGAUUACUUGUGGCUGUAAUUAACUGUGAUUACGACUGCAGCAACUGCAAUAGUCAAGUGGAAAGCUGAUCAAAAGAGAAGGAUAGCAUACAAUCGCAUACAAUCAAAACAUAACAGCUCACAAAUGUGGCUAGAGGUCGAAGGCGUACAAAUUUAUCUCACCAAAAACACCACCAGCUAGGGCAUCGUCAACACAAACCAAGUUACGAACAUGGAAACAAUGCAAGAGGCAGCUUCUCCGCAAGAUCCCUCGCAACCAGCGACAGAUCCAUUAGCGAUUGGCGACAACCCUGAACAACAAGAAUCAAGUUCCGCAGACAUGGGACCACCGCCGUGCAUGGAACUGGAGUCAACCAAAGAGGCUACACCUGUUCAACCACUGGAGACACCCAGACCACAGGCUACAGAUGCUCAACCACCGGUCGCCCAAAGCCCGCCUGUUGAAUCGUCUUCCUCAGAAAUGGUAACGGUCAACACUUUAGAUCAUGUUAUAAAAUCACCAACCAAUCAGGAGCCUUCAGUUGAUCCACUGGCUCCGAGUGAAGCUUCUACACAAAUAGCAUCAGAGGAAUGUCAAAGAGCGGAGCUAAACACGACUGUCGAAGAACCUUCUAAUACUAGUGAAUUCCAACCGGAGUGCUCAGUUCAGGAAAACAUUAGCAAUGUAAGCAGUAGUGAUAACGCAGUUCAUGCCCAACAGGAACAAAUAUCCAAGCAAGACGCCUCGACUAAUGCUCAACCAACUUCAUCAGAAAAGCCCAUGGAGACUGCGACGGAAGCUUCGAAGCUGUUCAGCUCUCCAAACGAGGUUGCCUCAGGCAGUAACAGUAGCAGUAGUACUAAUAAUACCAACAGUUUUACCGCCGGCAGCAACAGUAGUAGUAAUAUCGGAAGCAGCCUCGGCAUCCGGAAUGCCGUCACUAGUGAUAAUAGUCUAAAAAUCAACGGUAUUAGUGAUCUUAGUAUACUUGAUGUUACCCAAGGUAACGAUGACGAGAUUGAAGUGAAAGUCGAAGGUGGUAGUCUUAUGCACAAAGUGAUAAAGUUUUCCCUGCUGAAUGGGAUGCAGGACAGUAGUAAACGGCUAGAGAAUAGUAGAUUGAUUAUGAGUGGUGUAGGUAGCAAUCCCACCAUUGAAAAGACUCUGGCUACGACUUCGUCCCUUGGCAGAACGGCCCUUGGAGGAGGCCCUUUCAGGCAAAGUGAUAAAGCAAAAGAAGAAGGUUUUAAGGGCGGUGGUAGCUCUCCAUUAGACAGUUCCAAAACUACGCCUCCUGCCUGCUCCAGCGUUCGACCCGAAUCCGCGGAGUCGAGUUCAUCGCCGAGCAGCUCUAACAGUAACAGUUGUGACAGUGGAACUAAUGUGAACAAUAGUGACAGUUUUGAUUCGAAAACGAACCGGACAGAGGAACCCAGGGAACAGAUGGGACAUUCUGUAGAUAGUAACGUCAGCAGUGGCACCAAUGUUGAAAAUGUUCGCGAUGAAAAUGUUAGUGAUACUUACAGCAAAAGUACGUCGUUAGAUUUCCGAGAAUGGCCUCAAACUAGCACUGGUUCAACAGUUCCUGCUGCAAGCAGUUCUACUGCUUCAACCCCUAUGGAUUCGGGUGCUGUAGUUAGUACCGCAGCUUCUAAGGAUCUAUCAAAUACCACCAAGGAGACUGAUCAAUCUAUAAACUCAAGCGAUGCUGUUCCUCCAGCAAAGCGUCCGAAAGCUAUGUAUUACGCAGAUUUGCCAGACUUCAGCAAGCCAAUGUUAUCUACAUCGAGUCUGACAUCAACCAACGCUGCAACAACUACGUCUGGUGGGGACCGCUUUAACACUGCUUCAACCAAAGGUCUAAGCCAGCUUCAGAUGAAGACUCCUGACUUCAGUCGAAUAAUUAGUCCUCAAUCAAGCACUAUCACAAAUCCUCCUACAUCUGCUCUGACAUCACCAUCACAAGUAUCCACUACCACUGCGAGAUCUCAUGAGCUGCAGAUAGCUAACCCAGAUUUUUCUAAAGGUUUCGCAUCCAAACCACAGCCGUCAAUGCCAACAACCUCGUUGGCAACGUCUUCCAGGGUAGAUGAACGAUCCUCUCAUCUAAAUCCCGCUUCGUUUGCUGAAAUCAGCAAACAAAGAAAUUAUAUUAGUGAUCUGCAGCUAAAAAAUCCAUCCUUCUCAGAGAGCGUAGCGUUACAACAAACGGUCAUGAAAACACCAUCAUCCAGCAUUCCGCCACAAGGACAAUCGAAUCUCAAUAGUUACAGGAUAGAAAAACCACCCGCUCAGACAUCUAAGCCGUAUUCACCUAACAUGUAUCGGCAGGAAACGCCUGCUCAAGUUCAGCUCGAAGAACCCAAAGCCCACGUUAUUCACAAGGCAGCCAGUAAUUCAGAGACGUCGAAACCUUGGAAUCCUGCCUUGGAAUAUUCUCCCAAACAAUACAAUCAACUGAACGAAAAAGAUCGUUACUCCAAUACCUACCCAACAGCACCUAAAGCCCCUCCUCCUCUAACCGGUGAACCUUCUGGGCAAUCUUACCCGGGAUAUCCAAUUUACCCACCCAACAAAGGCAAGGAGCAGGCUCCUCCGUCUGUGCCGGUAACGCAUCCGGGUGGAAUUAUCGUCAACAAUGUUAAGACGUACUACCCUGAGCAACAUCAACCGUUGCCCAAAUCGAAAGAUCUGGAAUUCCGGUUGGAACACAAGGAAAAACAACUCCGUCAAGAAGGCACAAUCAUAACACUCAAAACUAGCGACAAUCGCCCAUCGACCAGUAGUCAACCACCAGCUCAAAAUCCCCACUAUCCACAACAGCCGUACCACGCUUCGCGAUCACUGUCACCAGCUACAGAGCGGCGCAACGAAACUCAAGAGAUUUUGUAUCGUGACUUUAAGCUCAAACAAUCGUACGAGAUGCCACCACAGUCUUCAAUGAGAAUGCCAAUGCCCAAUAGGCAGCAGGAAGAAGCUCGAGCUCGGGUUAGUCAAGAACAUACCCUCCAUAGAGAUCGAUCACCAUAUGAUCCGUACUAUCGCCCUCAAGCUGUCCACCAAAACCCACCUGUUGCUAAAUAUUAUCCCCCGCCCGAGCACCACAAACAGUCCGUUAGUCCAGCUUCAUCGGCUACACCCUCUCCUACACCGAUCCAUGCGCAGAAUCGCAGUCCUGUGCCGAUCCCUUGCAAACCCCCGCAAUCUGGACCAAGCGGUAUGAUGCAUCCACCAUCAAACUGGCCCAGCCAAAGCCGUGCAAUCCCCAGUCCUCAUGGAAGCUCCACUUCUUCCCCAUCAUCCGCUCCACCUUCAGUCAGCCCGAACCAAUACAUUCAGCAGAAAAACUCUCCUAGUCCGGUGCAUUCCUAUGGACCACAGCCUAGUCAGAGUCAAGUCUACAAAUCGCCUAGUCCUUCGUCAUCUUCCUCCUCGUCUCCAUACACGGGACAUACAGUACCCGGUCCGGUAACCAAGUACACACAGUACUAUCCGUGCGGAAAUGGAGAACGCGUGGUAAGCAUUGAAAUAAACAAAGAAACCUACAAACCAGGUUACAAGGAGCUAGAUUUUAACAUGGAACAGAAGUUUGCUGAAGUCUACCAGGCGCAUGAAAUGAAAGAAAAACAAGCUAAAGCAGCAACUAAGCCUGUCGAUCCACAUAGGUCACAACCAUACCCAAGCGCAUCAACAGAUUACGCUUACCGGCAAGCUCCUUAUAAGCCGACCGAUGGCAGACCUCAGGAAGUUUAUCGAGAUGAAUACGGAAGAUCUCGAUCGGUUUCAACAACCGCGACCCAUCCUCAAGCUUCUCGUUACCCACAGCAGGAAAAUGCCAGCUACGGCCAAUAUUACCAGCAGCGUGUUGGUGCAGACAUGGAAAUGCGAAAAUCUGAAGCUACUCAGCCUUACAAACCAUCCAGCAGGGAUCCUUCGCCGGCGCAAAGGUAUGGAUCAAGUGAAUCGCUUUACCACCACUCAAAACAGCCAGAGUACCACCCAACGCAAGCUUCUACUUCCAAAGCGCCGCCUCCUCCUCCUCAUCAUUCGAUGUAUCCUCCUUCAGCGAAUGAACCUCACGGACCGCCUUCGCAAUACGGUUCUGUGGGUAAAAGUCUUUACCCAAGUUCACCAUAUGAACGACCUCCAGAAAAUCCAUCUGUGAUAAGCAACACAUACAGUCAAGAUCGUGCUUCGACGACCAGACCUCCGUACCCAGAUAUGAGGCACCACCCUUCCGUCGAUCACUACCCGCCAACAGGGCAUGCAUAUCAACCAGCACCACCUCCUGCCAAAACAGCUUCCACACAUCCUAACCCGCAUCUUCCGAAUCAGGCGCCACCAAUGCCUUCAUCCAGUAGGGAUAACCGAGGCUCUACAGCAUGGCGCUACCAACAGCAGCAACCUCUUGCUCCGCAACCUGGACCAUCAGGCUACAACCAUGAUCGACCUCCACAACCCCCACGUGAUGAACGCCAAAAUCCUGUGAUUCAACAGCCUGUCAGUAAAAAUAUUCCUGUCAAAGUAAUCGCUACCGUGAACCCUACACAAGCAGUACCUACUUCUACGACGAUUGCACCCGCAACCAGCACCACCAAGCGUGAAUCUCCACUUGAUUUAUCGGUGAAAACAGUAAAAACUAAGGCCGACUCCACAGGUUGUGACGACUAUAGUCAAAGCAGUAAGAAUCGCGAUGGUCUGCCUAAAGUUAACUUCAACCCGAAUUUUAAAAAGCACAUUCCAAGCAUGCCAGAGCGACAACCUCAGGACAUUCGGAUGCCGCUUCCUGCGCAGCCAUCACAACCGUAUCAUCCUCAUAUAGCUAGAGAACCUCAACCAAUUCCUCCACAUCACCCGCAAAUGCAAACGGCCGGGCCAUCGUCUAAAUCGUCUCCAGCCGUACCUCCUCAUCAUGAUCAUCGCCAAAUGCCUGUGAUCGGAUCGGCGAUUCCUCCAGGGUAUGACAAAAAGACAGAUGCCUACAUGUCAGCUAAUUAUAGAGCUGUUGGGGGACCCUCCGAAAUUCCUCGAGAUGCGCGAUAUCCUCCAGACAACCGAUAUCAAACUCAACCACAACAGUCACGAUCCAUUCAUCCGGAUCAUCGCGAACAACAGGCGUAUAAGGCACCACCAUCUGGAGCGUCUUAUCCUCCACGGUUGCCACCUGGGCCACCUAUGCCUCCACAUCAGUAUCCAAAUAUGCCUCCUAAAUCAGAGCCCUACUAUCCAGGAAGCUCAAAACCACCUGUUUCGGCCACAAGCCGAAGUGUCUAUUAUCCGCCGCAUGAAAUGGCACGCAGUAGUAAGCACUCAUCAGGUGGGCCAAAGCUUUCGUUGGAUGACCCUCGAAUAGAAGAUCGUAGAUUUGUGGAAAGUAUGCUCAAAAAGCAAGCAUCUCCUUCGGCCGAGGUCAUAGCAGAUCUACAGGCAGGAAAGUUCUCUACUAGAAUACCAUCUGCUUUAGCGCCAGCCAAGAAACGUCCCGCAGAAACUAUUCCAAAGACUUCUCCACCGAAAGCACCUCGCCUAGACGAACCAAAUUUGCAUCGGCCGUACGAAAGCAAUUAUCGCUACCCACCACAUCCGGGUCCAGCAGCUCCAAGAGACUAUUAUCCAGUACCGAUCAAACAUGAGCCAGCCAGCCCGCAACCUGCCGGAGUGUAUUAUUCAGAAAAACGUUCAGAGAUGCCGUCGAUUACGCGUGGUGUACUGCAUCCGCCGCAAAAUCAACCGUCAACUUCCAUGGCAAAUCACUCAGUUCUUCAACCCAAUACUCAACAUAAUACUCAUCCAAUAAAUUCCCAUACAUCGGUUAUCACUAGUUACCACGCUCCCGUCAGCAGACCGGAAAUACCAAGGCCUCAAGAGGAGGGACCUAGUCAGCGGGAGUACCACCAACAACCCCCGCAUGGUCAGUUAGAUGAGCGAAUAUAUUAUCCAAAGCCGGAGCCCUUUCGUCAAGGCCACGGUGAUCCAAAGUACUUUGGGUCAUCGUUAGACAAAACCCCAUCAGCGAUAAAAAAUGCUAGCGAAAUGAUGAACAACCAAUAUCAACAGCCACCAGCAGGGCAUGUGCAAUCGCAUAUUCAAUACAGUGGGCAAAAACCACAAGCGCCUUCAUCUUCCCAACCUCAGGCAAUUCAACACUAUAACCGUUCGGAGGUUCUACAAAGUCCCCCACGGUCUGACUACUUCAGUUCUUCAAAUCAUGCGCAAUCCAAAUCCCACAGCGUCAUCGGAGCACACCAGAAUAGGUCAUAUGAAAAUUUACCUCCUUUGAUCAGCGAUGGGCCUAAACCAAACAUUGACCAUCGGCCAACACCUCCACAGCUGCAUUCAAGUCAGGAAUCUCAGAGUCAAAGCUCUACUGCCCCAUCCCCGCUACAUCGGGGAGCCGAUCAGUCCGUUAUCUCCAAGCUCCGAACUAGUCUGGAGCAAAAAGAACGCUACAACCAACUACGCAAACAAAACAGUUCUGAAAUGUCGGAAGAGGACUCCAAACCUCCAGAAAUGAAUUCGUUUCCACCAUCACAUUUCCGCUCCAAAGGCGCCAUGAAGGCCUACACUCCAAUUCCAAAUUUUGACAUGCCGCACUCGGCUCCCCAAUCGGCCCAACAACCACCACCACCACUACCACUGCCUCCCGAACAAGCCGAACCAUCACGUCCUUCAAGUCCCAUCAAGCCUGAACCAGCGGAGUCCCUAAAAGACCCGCUUGAAUUGCCCACAGAAAUUGAAGGGCCGUCAGCGCUAGACAUAAACGAUUGGGGUAGCGCUUGUAACGAAUUCGUGGAGCAACUGCAAACGGGAAAAAAGCGAGGUCGACGGAAACGAGGGAUCGCUGGAAAAUUUGAAUCAGAUCAGUUGACAACGAUGACGGAUGAAGGGUUCAGGGCCGAUCUUCCCGGAGUAGCCAACAGUUCGCUGUCUGAAGUUCCACAAGAAGUACUUAAAAAUGCAACGCUGGAAAUAGGAGAGCGCGGUAGUACUAGCGACGAAGAUAAACCACUUCAAUUACUGAAACAGCAGUACAGUUCGACGGGGGAACUGAAGGAAGAUCAGCUGCAGGUUUUGGAGAAAAUAACUAAAGAAAAGCUCUCGGAGAAAAUAGCACGGAAUAUGCGGGAGAAGCAGCGACUGGAGCAGGAGCAGAAGCAUGAAGCUAAAUUGGGGCAAUGCAGUAGUUCGGAAGAUGAGUCCGACACUAAACGGUUAGUGCAACGGUCCAAAAUGCGAGCGAGGAAAUUGAGGAACAGGUUGAGCGUUCCGCUCAAAUCGUCCGAUGUUAACACAGAUGGAGAAGACGAAGAAGAGGAAGAGCAAGAUCAAGCAAGGGAUUUACGGAAACGAAAACGGCUGGUUCAGACAUCAUCUGAAUCGGAGGCGGGAAGCAGUGUGAAAAGAAUGAAUCGUUGUCAAAAUCAAGUGAAGCACGAGAAUGGGACCGACUUGAGUUCAGAUGAAGACGAAUCAAAGUGUCCUGGUAAGAGAGGUACAACGACGCCGGAGGUGAAGUUGGAGAGUGUGAAGCAAGGGACUCAGUCUGACAGCGAAUCUAAUGAUGUGAAGACUAAGGAAUCAGUGAGCGGUGAGAAGAACUGUGAAGCGGAAGAUGCAUCUAGUGACAAUGAUUCGGAGAAAGAUAAGAAGGAGGUCAAGAAAGGUGCUUUGAAAAAGGCUGUGAAGACUAGGACUACUUCCAAGUCCAGACUAUUAGAGGAAGAAUCGUCAGAAAGUGAGGAGUCAGUUGUUGAGGAGGAAACAAUGACGCGUUCCAAAAGCAAAUUGGAAAUGGAGAAGCGUAGAUCAAAUAGCAAAGUUUUGCGAAACGAUAAGAUUGUAGGGAACUUUGUGAGAGAGCGAAAAAAGUCGGAAAACAUCACACCACAGAAGAGCAAGAAAGUUAAUCUGAAGUUAGAGGCUAGUAAGAAAAGAAUCUUGGACAGUGAAUCGGAUUCAAAAACUACGGGUGUUAAAAAGCGAACCAGACAAACGUCGAAGCUGCAAACCACAUCAGGGUCCGAAAGCUCCGAAGAAAGUGAUGUAGAAACCGUGUCGGAGCGUUUGCGCUCGAGGAAGCAGAAAUCUUCGGAAACAUCGGCACCCUCUUCUGCCUCGAAGCGCGGUACCAGCCAAGAUAACCGAACUCCUGCAAAAGGUCCAGCUGACAAAAAGAAUGUAAAACUUGAGUCAUCUAAAAGGCGGGGUCGUCAUCCGAAAAAAACAUCACAGGAUUGUGCUUCGGCUAAUACUAGCGAAAACUUCUACCCUGGGUGGGAAAAAGAGUUGUACGAGUUCAAGCGAUCGAUCAAAGUUCCACCCGAAUUGAUCACGAUAGGGGGGAAGCAAUAUGUUCAUCGAAUAUCAACAUCCUUGCCGGACUUGGAUUCUCAUCACAGUGAUGAGUCGGAGACCUUUUCGGAAAUCGUAAAGAAAAUCAACCAGAAAGAAGGUUCGUCGAACAAAAAGUUGAAAACCAAAGCUGCCGCUAAACAAGGUCAAAAGAGCAACAUGAUGACAAAAGAACAACAGCAAGAAGAAAAGAAAUUGGUUGGAAACAAGAAAUUCACGUCUAUAAUAGAACUUCUUCAUGAACGAAUCCUGCGACACGCCAAACAAGCAAAGGCAAAAAAGUCUAAGAACAAGGAUGAUAAAGAAACUCUGAAACCAAAGCAAGAGUUUGAGCUUCUUCCUACGCCUGGGGCUGAAAGUGAAGCGUUGUUCAACCGCAAGAAGAAGUCCCUUUUCGAUACGGCCAUUUUCAAGUCACGCACCCGAACCGGCCAAAAGGUUAUGCAAAGCAAAGAGAUCAUUCGAGAGGUUUUCGGUGGAGACGACGAACGACCUCAAUCGGCACCACCCUUGACAUGCGUGCAGGAACUAAGGAACAUCACUUACGACGAGAUGUAUAACGAAAUGUUAACGAAAAGUCUUAACGUAGCUGAAUUUCUCCGCGCACAAAAGAAAGCCGAAGAGGAGCGCGCAGUGGCAUCAGGAUCUGGUCUCUCACGGCCAGCACUGAAAAUGAAACUCGAAGACUUGGAUGACGAAACCCAGGAUAGUGUGCUGCUGAAAGAUUCGGAGCGGAUUACCGAGGAAGGGGAUACGCCAUCGGUUGCGUCCGAACGGGAUCUGGCAACCCCGUUAUCGUUCAAAGGUAGCGGAAAGAAGAAGACCCACAAAAGCCGUCGUAAGGGGAGUUCUGGCUUCGACUAUAUUCGGAAAAAGAAGAAACCUGUUGUGAACAAUGGCGAAAAUAGUACUCCGGUGGUGCCAAAGAAGAAAGUUGUUUCGGUUUUUGAGAAUUUGGAGUCGAAAGAUGAGUCACACAUCAACAAAGAAAUUCGGAGUUGGGUGUUGAACAAGGGAGUUGGCGAGAGUGUGAUGCACAGAGCUGCAAGACUUGGAUAUACGGAUGUGAUCGUCUAUUGUCUAGAACGUUUGGAGAUGGAUCCGGACACAAAAGAUAAUGCGGGUUAUACUCCGUUGCAUGAAGCAUGCGCCAAAGGGCAUCUGGACAUCUGCCAUUAUUUGUUGCAGUACGGUGCAAGUCACUCAGAACCAGCUCCCUCAGGUAUGCGACCUCUUCAUGAAGCAGUUGAGAACUCUUUUAUUGAAGUUGUCCGCCUACUGUUGGCAUUUGGUGCCGAUCCGAUGCUUGCCACGUACGCUGGUCAGACACCAGUUCAGUUAGCGGAGAACAACGAAAUGGAGUUGUUUCUGAAGAAUCAUCUGUACGAUAUUCAGAGCACGAAUCCGAACAAGAUGGGAUGGAAGCUAGAUGGACCAUGGAAGACUCAUGAUCCCGAAGAGAGUGGAUGCGACAUUUUGGCUGACAUACCAGGAUUCAUCGAUGAUGAUGGUUUUCAUAAUAUCUCCAGUACUACCGAUCGAUCUACACUGAACAACUCUACGAACUCUACAGAGACGCUAGAUGGCAGGCAUCCUCCAAUCAAUCUUCCUCCUCCUCCACCACCGCCACCUACUCCCUUAGCGCUACCACCACCACAAAUUCAACAGCCAAUCCCCAAAAAGUGCGACUCAAAUUCCAACAUCAUGAACUUCGAGCUUAAAAUGGAGUACAAGGACUGUGCAGUGGUUUUGAACGACAUCCAUGACCAGAACGAACCGAAACGGAACGGAAACAACAACAACGAUACGACAGGCUCAACGUACGUGAACGGACAACUCCAGCCGAUGCAGAUCAAAACGGAAGCGAACGUUGAGCCAGUUGUACUCAACGGUGGAGACCUAAGGGAGGGGCUGUACAUGCAGGAAAGUGACCCCGAGGAUGACGAUGCGGACGACGGUGAAUUUGUGUUCGAGUACGAGGAAGCCGAUCGACCACUGCCUCCGUUGUAUCUCCUCAAGGACGAAUCCGCCGGAGACAAGUGGGUGCUAAUGACGGAUCUGUGCAACUUCCUGAAGCUCAAAUCGAAGGAAGCAGUCAUGAGACAGAUAUGCACCAACGCAGUACCUGUGAACCCAAGCAAUCAGAUGACCUUCGGUUAUCCCACGGGACCCGCCGUUGGUACCAUGACUGCAGCCAACGCAAUGAACCCCAACGCCACGACCACCGCUACCACCAAUGGGACGACAAACGGUAGCACUACCAACCGGGAGCUAAUACGGGAGCUCAAACUUGAAGACUUUCUAUCGCGGGCAAGCUGUCUUCAGCUGCUGUACGCCGGGGAGAAGCUCAACAUUAACUCCAACAAAGUUGUACUGGUCAAGUACAACGAAAACGUCCGAAAUUUGCUCCAAGUACAAACGUUGGUGACCAAAAUCUAAUUCGACAAUUGGAAAAGUGAGGUAAAAUAUAUGACUGAAUGAAGCGCAGCUGGAAAAGGGACGAGGGACAAAGGGAACCGUAACUAACGAACAAGAGAAUAUGCCUUAAAUACGUAGAACGGAUGGGAUGAAAGGAACCCGAAGUGAUGAUAAUGAGAUAGAUAAUCUGGAAACCAGAAGACUUGAAUUGCAACAGACAAAAAGCAGAAAUUGGAACAAAUCUUGCUCAGGUUACGAUAGGGAGAACUACGGAAGUAGCACCAUAGUGUAGAAAGCUAUCACAGUGUUCAAUGCGCUUUUGAUUUGCUUCAUUUUUUGUAAGAAUCGAUCAUUUUGAAUCAGCUGAAAUUGCGUUCAAGCAUUGGUAAGCCUAAUUUUGGGUACGACAACCCAUGUUGGAGACUGAGUAGAAGUAACAUACGAACACAUACAUAACAUACACACACACAUUUGCAACCAAACCAAGAUACAAUAGAAGUCUCACCGAACUGAACUGAAAGCCGGAACUCGCGCAAACCGCAAACCCGUGCCUUCCGUACCGUGGCAAUGGCAACACUACAUUUUUUGACAGCUUUGAUCAGCAUGUGUUGCUAUCAGCAAUAGGAAAACAUCACACUCACAACAAGCGUACUUUCGAUUAAGCAGUUGACGGUAAGCGUAUCUAAAAUUGUUUUCCUGCACCCGCCUUAAAUUCUGUACUAUCAUUUGAAAGACUUGGCGACCAGCACUUUGAAAUGUGUGAUUUAAGUUUCUGUUUAGUUUUACAAAAAAGUUUAGCAAGAAAAUUAGUUUCCAUUAUCGUUUAAGUGUUAGUUAUGAUUAUGAACACGCGCGAACAUACGUUUUCGUUUCCUUUUCUGUUUUAGUGUGAUUAUCGCCUUGCAGUAAAAUAUUUAUUUUUUAGUUCAAAUUUGUUCGUUUUAAGACCAAGGUUAACCUAAUUUUAAACUAAGUAGUAUUUUUGUAGCAUACGUGUGUACAUUAUGUGUAUUUUAUGUUUGAAUGUUAUGUAGAUAAAUCACGCAAAACUUCAUUGUUUUCUUUUCAUUAAAUCGAAACUUAUUUAAUUUAAAGCAACUGGAAGGGAAAACUGCGAAAAAAAAAUAACUUCCGUAUCGUAACUGCGUAACUAUAAAACUAUAUAAGAAUAACUCUGUUCUAUAUUUGUGCACUAAGUGCAGACCUGCAAACGAGAACUAAUUCUACACAUACUCUGAUUGUUGUCAUUUUACAAGAGUUCGUUUGGUCCAUCUUGCAGCAAGCUGUAUGUAGAAUAAAAUUCACUAGAUAAGACGAUAAGUAAAUCCAAUUGUUCACCGUCGGAUGCAAAUCAAAAGUUUUGAAACGGAAAUACAUGGAACUAGGAUGAUGGUUUCAAAUGAAGUGGGAUCACCAACUCAAACUAGUUAAAAGCUACAAAAUGGUGAACUAAAAGUGGUGAUGGAUAGAUAAGUAGGAAAUAAAGCGACAGAGAGUGACACGUACCGGAAUGUUUUGUGCAAUCGGCUUUAACUCAAAUUUAAUUAGUUGUUUUUGUUUUAUUUUAAUCAUUUAGCGUAAAGCAACAGCAUUCACGAGCAUAAUUUUGAUAUCAUUAUACGGUUUAGUUAUUAAAUAAAACCAACACCGAUGUCGAUAUAUGAUAGCGAAGUAAAAUAACAUUGUAAGUCGUUUAUUGAAGUAGAAAAAAUACGAAAUACAAUGAAAUGUGAUUUUCGCUUAAUAUACAAAAUUUUAUUGGUCAAAUUCAUCAAAUCAUAGAAUUUGAUGAUAAACGUGAACACUUGAUGAUGUAACAGAGAAAAACAAAGAAAAAUAUAUUAUUAUGUAGAGUAGAAUAAAACUCAACAUUGAAUGAAGAGAAUUAAUUGAA